AUGAGCACAUCAGUACCGAACGCGACAGAUAAUUUCGGUGGGAUGCCACCGAAACUUUGCACCUUUUUCGGUUGGAUUUCACCGCUUUAUAAGCCUCGCGAAAACCAAUCAGCAUUCGAUACAUAUAUGCGUAUAGAGAAAUUCCCUGAGGGUAUUAGGAAAUAUAUCACUCACCAGACUGAAGUUCUUCCGGAUGUUCAAUCAAGCGAAACCAAGCUAAAUGAGAUUGCCAUUGGUUUUGUUGACGAUGAUCACUAUGUCCAGGUUCAUUUGUCUCCAGAUCACCCUAUUCCACCAGUUUCUAGAAUGUGGUAUGAACAAAGUGACAUAUGCAAUGUAACACAUUUGUACUCGAGGUACCAAGCACGUGUGGAUGCUUUUCAACAACUUCCGGGAGUGGAAAAUGUAGCUACUACAGAUACCGUCAUCCUAAUGACUGAUGAAAAUGCACCUUUUACAUAA